CAUCAUUGAUAGUUGACAGCUGUCAGGUAGAGCUAGAAAGGUGGACGUGGGCAAAAUAAUAAAUAAUUACUAAAGUAAUCCUGGAAAUUAGGUAAAUGCAGAUCUAUAAGCUCGGAAAACUUCUGAUAAAUAGCAGUAUUAGUAAUUCCAUUAAGACAACAAUAUACCUGUACAGUACUGUAAGUAUAGCAAGAAAAACAGAUUCCAAAAUGGCUGCUACAGCAGGUGCUGUUUUGAAGCGUUAUGAUAACAUAGUAAAGUCUGAGGAAGACAAAAGGUCUUACAGAGGCUUAGAGUUGAGUAAUCAUAUGAAAGUUUUGCUUGUCAGCGAUCCUACCACUGACAAGUCUGCAGCUGCUAUGGAUGUUGGUGUUGGAUUUUUCUGUGAUCCAAAGGAACUGCCAGGCUUAGCUCAUUUUUGCGAACAUAUGCUGUUUCUGGGCACCAAGAAAUACCCAAACGAAAAUGAUUAUAACAAAUUUUUAAGCGAACAUGGCGGUAGCUCAAAUGCAGCAACUUACUCUGAUCAUACUAUGUAUCAUUUUGAUAUAGUUCCUGAAAAAUUAUCAGAUGCUCUGGACAGGUUUUCACAGUUUUUCAUUGCUCCUCUCUUCACAGAGAAUAUGACAGGAAGGGAAAUCAGUGCUGUGAAUUCUGAACAUGAAAAAAAUAUACCUAGUGACAUUUGGAGGAUUGAUCAGUUGGAUAAGCAUUUAUCCAAUCCGGAACAUCCGUACAAUUCUUUUGGCACAGGUAACACGUACACUCUGCAGACUGUGCCAAAAGAAAAGAACAUAAAUGUCAGAGAAGAACUGUUAAAAUUCCAUAAAAAAUGGUAUUCUUCAAACAUUAUGUGUUUGGCAGUAUUAGGAAAAGAAAGUCUUGAUGAAUUAGAAGACAUGGUAGUGCAACUGUUCAGUAGUAUAGAAGAUAAAAAUGUAGAAGUUCCUAUAAAUAAAGAGCACCCUUACACAGAAGAUCAGUUCAAAACAGUAUUGUACAUAAGCCCUGUAAAAGAUGUACGAAAUUUGAACAUUGUAUUUCCAUCUGCAGAUCUUACACAUGAGUACAAGUCAGCACCUACCCACUACAUAAGUCACCUUUUGGGCCAUGAAGGUCCUGGUAGUGUUUUGUCUUUGCUGAAAGCCCGAGGAUGGUCAAGCAGCCUCAUAGCUGGUGAUAAACCGUGCCCUAGGGGCUUUGGCUUCUUCCAUGUAGCUGUCGAUCUUUCAGAAGAAGGCAUGAAUCACAUUGACGAUAUUGUUAAGAUUAUCUUUCAGUACCUGAAUAUGUUGAAAAAGGAAGGACCCCAAAAAUGGAUUCAAGACGAAAAUAGAGACAUUUAUAAGAUGGUGUUUAGGUUCAAAGAUAAGGAAACCCCUAGGAGCUAUAUUUCUGGUAUAGUUCACUAUCUCAAGGAUUAUCCAAUGGAACACGUUCUUUGUGCGAACUACGUUUUGGACGAAUGGCGACCAGAGCUGAUUGAAGAAAUGUGGAAUAAAUUUGUUCCACAAAAAAUGAGGAUGUCUGUCAUUGCAAAGAAAUACGAGGAUGAGCUGGAUCAAGUUGAGCCAUGGUAUAAAACAAAGUAUGCCAAGAAACCUAUUCCUGAGGAGACAAUUAAGGUCGAUGAUGUAUAUUAUCUUGAAAAUUGUUUCUGGAGGUUUUUAUAAUUCUGUUUGUUUUGCACUUGUCUUCAUUGGCGGAUCUUUGAUUACAUGUGUUUUUUUUCAUAUUUUUAGUUUUGGGAAGAAGCUGGACUUUGCCCUGAACUUAAAUUGCCAGAGAAGAACGAAUUUAUACCUACAGAUUUUAAGUUGUACACUUUGGACGAAGAUGUAACAGAAUUCCCAGCUAUUGUUGAAGACACUGCUUUGAUGAGAGUGUGGUUCAAACAGGAUGAUCAGUUUUUGCUGCCAAAAGCGAAUUUGUUCUUCGAUUUUGUGAGCCCACUAGCGUAUUUGGACCCGUUGAACUGCAACCUAACUCACAUGUUCGUUCAACUGUUCAAAGAUGCUCUCAACGAAUACUCUUAUGCCGCAGACCUAGCGGGCUUAAAAUGGGAGCUUGUCAACACAAAGUAUGGCCUCAUCUUAGGAAUCGGAGGCUACAGCAAUAAACAGCACAUCCUUUUGCAAAAAAUCAUGGACAAACUGACAAAUUUCAAGAUAGAUCCGAGGAGGUUCCAUAUGGUGAAAGACAAUUACAUCAGAAACUUGAAGAACUUCAACGCUGAACAGCCAUAUCAACAUGCUGUUUAUUAUCUGACAGUUCUUCUAACUGAACUAUCGUGGACUAAGCAGGAACUGCUGGCAGCAACGGAAUUAAUUACAAUUGAUAGGUUGGAAGCAUUCAUACCUCAGGUAUUAUCGAAAAUGCACAUUGAAUGCAUGGUUCAUGGAAACGCUAACAAAGAAAAGGCCUUGGAACUCGUGCAUAUCGUUGAAGACACACUUACAUCUUCUCUGAGCAUGUCACCUUUGCUUCCAAGGCAAUUGUUGCUAAAUAGAGAACUCAAACUCGAAGAUGGUUGUCACUAUUCAUAUCAAGUCGAAAACAGUGUUCAUAAGUCGUCUUGCAUUGAGAUGUAUUAUCAAUGCGGUCUGCAAUCGAAAGAGGAUAACAUAAAGUUAGAAUUGUUUGCUCAAAUAAUUCAGGAGCCUUGUUUUAACAUUUUACGUACUAAGGAGCAAUUAGGUUACAUAGUAUUCAGCGGUAUAAGACGGUCUAACGGUGUUCAGGGACUUAGAAUAAUUGUACAGUCUGACAGACAUCCUAAUUAUUUAGAUACUAGGAUAGAAGAAUUUUUAGAAAGCAUGUUGGCGUAUAUAACGGAAAUGAGCGAGGAAGAAUUCUUGCGCCAUCGCGAGGCUUUGGCGCGUCAUAGGUUAGAGAAACCUAAGCAACUCGCUACUCUGACUAACAGAUUUUGGUCGGAAAUUACCAGUCAACAGUAUCACUUUGAUAGAGCCAACGUGGAGGUUGCGUAUCUGAAGACUUUAACAAAGAAUGACAUUAUUAAAUUUUAUAAGGACGUACUCGAACACAACGCAGCCUCACGCAAAAAAUUGUCAGUCCAAGUGAUCUCAACGGCAGAAGGUGGUGCUGGUAGCCAGAAAGAAAAAGAAAAGGAAGAUACGCCAGAAUGCCACCCCGAGAAGAAUGGCCCACGCACCCCUGACGUCAUCAGUGACGUCACCGUUUUUAAGAGUAGCCACGAAAUGUACCCCUUGGUUCAGCCUUACAUCAACAUCACCAGAAAGGGCAACAGAUGCAAACUGUGAUACAAACCGGCAUAGAUGUGAAUUCAGAAGUGGGAUAGACAGCGAAACUAGGGGAUCGCAUUUUCAAACACCCUGUAUGCAUAUAAUGCACCUUGUUUCUCUCGUCCCAAACUGUUUUUAUUUACUUUUACUGUUAUAUUUUCUUAUAUGAAGAGUGUGACGUAGUGAACGAUUUUUUAGAAUAAUAAAAUUUUGAAUCCUCA